ACUGGAGCUCAGAGAAGCCUCCAGAGGAAGCAGAGGAAUCAGCAUGGUGGAGUUUGCACCUUUGUUUUUGCCACUGGAACGCAGGCUGCAGGUCUUCGCAGUCCUGCAGUUGAUCUUCUCUUACUUGGCCCUGGAUUUGAUCUGCUGCAUAGUCUUCAUUGACCUCCUUUUCGCAAAAUGGAAGAUCAGUAUCCUGUAUGUGAUCUGGUGGUACCUGGAUCGAGACACACCAUGGCAAGGGGGCAGGCAGAGUGCUUUCCUAAGGCGCAGGACCAUAUGGAAGUACAUGAAGGACUAUUUCCCCAUCUCGCUGGUGAAGACCGCUGAGCUGGACCCCUCCCGGAACCACCUCACUGGCUUCCACCCUCAUGGGGUCCUCGCCACUGGAGCUUUCACCAACUACCUAAGGGCAGCUCUGGUGCUGAUCUUCUCCUUUGGGGAGAAUGACACAUAUGACCAGGUUGAGAACUCUCGGGGUUCCUGGUUGCAGUGGUUCCAGGACCGACUUCACAAGAGCACUAGAGGCUCCAUCCCUCUCUUCUAUGGCCGUGGAGUCUUCCAGUACAGCUCUGGUCUUAUGCCCUACCACCAACCCAUCACCACUGUGGUGGGGAAGCCCGUCGAGGUGCAGAAGACACCACUUCCCUCCCAGGAGGAGGUGGACAGGUUUCACCAGCGCUACAUGAAAGAGCUGGAAAAUCUCUUCGAAGCCCACAAGCUCAAGUACAAUGUCCCCAGAGACCAACACUUGGAGAUCUGCUGAAAGCCACCCAGAGGAGGGGCUCCUCCAAAAUGCAGAGCUGGCAUAAGGGGUGGAUGGCGGGAUGUGCUGUGAU